CGCCAAGCGCGAACAAAGCGCCCUCCUCCUCUUCCCUCGCCUGCUCCAGGCAAGCCGGGGAGGCGCCGCCGAGUUGCUUGACGCGCGUGGCUGGCAUAGCGCUGCGCCGCCGCCGCCGCCGCCGCCGCAUCUCUUCACGGGGCGUGUGUGAAAAUGCCCUCACUCUCGCCCGCCCCUCCCACCUCUCCCAGGGACCCUCGACGUUCCGCCGUUGAUUCCGGCCAUUUGCGCGGCUCUUUCCCGCCUCGCCGCCAGCCAUGAGCGGCGCCCCCCGCGCGAAAGGGGACCCCAAGCGGCGCCUGCGCGAGUGAGCGCCGGAGGAUUUGCCUCGGGGUCUUCGCGGGGCUCUUCUUUGCCCGUCUUGCUCUGACGGGCGCGCGCCUCUCGGCGAGCGCGUGUAUGUCUGUCGUGUGGCAGUUUCUGGAGGCAGAAGAAGACGGCGACGAAGCCGCCGCCGCCGCGCCGUGCUAUGUCCCUGGACUCAGUCUUGCCCCCUAAAGUGGAGAUGAGCCAGACCCGAGGAAAGGAGAGCAUCUCUUAAGACUCCCGAGCCAGGAUGGCGCACCUGCGGCAGCCCCUGCCUCUCCUGGUGGUGAUGCACAGCUUCCUCCCGCUUAUCUUUUGUGAUGCUAAGCAGAUCAUCCAUGCCACAGACUUACUAAACUGGGAAGACAAAGAUCCUGCAGACACACUAGUUGAUAAUGUAGUCAAUUCGAGGAUCAUCAACCCUUUACGCCUCUUUGUUAAGCCAUCCCCAGCACUGAAACAUGGACAGAUGUCAUAUUCAGACAGCAUAGACAACUUUUGGGAUUGGUUAUCCAACAUCACUGAGGUUCAGGAAUCUCUUGCACGAACUAAACGCAGACCAAUUGUAAAAACUGGGAAAUUCAAGAAAAUGUUUGGGUGGGGUGACUUCCAUUCUAACAUCAAAACUGUGAAGCUGAAUCUUCUCAUAACAGGGAAAAUUGUUGACCAUGGCAAUGGAACCUUCAGUGUUUAUUUCCGCCACAAUUCCACAGGCCUUGGAAAUGUUUCUGUGAGCUUGGUGCCACCUUCCAAGGUGGUGGAGUUUGAAUCCUCACCACAGUCAACGCUAGAGACCAAGGAGUCCAAGUCUUUCAACUGUCGAAUUGAAUACGAGAAAACGGAUAGGGCUAAGAAAACUGCAUUGUGUAAUUUUGACCCUUCGAAGAUCUGCUACCAAGAGCAGACACAAAGCCAUGUGUCCUGGCUGUGUUCUAAACCAUUUAAAGUCAUCUGUAUUUACAUUGCUUUUUACAGCGUUGAUUACAAACUGGUGCAAAAAGUCUGUCCUGAUUACAACUACCACAGUGAAACACCGUAUUUGUCAUCUGGAUGAUAUAAUCCAUUCUCUCCCCACCCCCCAAUGACUGAUAAAUCAGUGUAUUGAUAAGCUGUCUAAAAUUCCACUUUAAGCUUCUUUUGGACAGGGCUUCCUAAUCAGGUUAUAGCAACAAAAAUCUCUCUCCCAAGAGAAAAUAAUCCUCUCUCGAUGGGCUGGUUCACCUGUGCAUGUUCUUCACUUGAUGGCUACAACAUCAAGUGUCAAUUUGCAUGUGUCAGUGAACACCCUCAAAGACCAAACACCAUAAAUGACACUUUCAAGUCUUUCAGUGAAAUCAAUUCACCAUUUCUGCUGCAAGUUCAACAUAAUGUCUAAGCAAGUGAUGUUCAUGAGUAUGUGAACUGGCCCUAAGUCUAAGAUGUUGCCAUAAAUAAUUAGGCCUUCAGAUACCAAAAUGUCAUUUCAAAAAAUGAAUAAUCAUUUGUUAUUGUGUCUGUUCCCAUCAGUUGUAGAGGAAAUACCAGACACUGCCAAUAUGUAGACAAGCAGAAACAACAGACCCCAUGCAAGCAAUGUACACAUUAUCUGUCUUCUCUAGGAGUUGCUGCAACAGCAGAUUAAUAUUUAGAAUGGGGGGAGCACACUUCAUUGGUGUUAGAGGAAAGUCAUAACACGACUGCCAAUAAACAUGUCAGGAUAAAUAUUUAGGCUCAAGUAGUGAUGAGCAUCUAUAAUUUUGAGGGAAGUCAGACAUUUCCAAAAGAUUUGGAUGUGAGAACUAUUAUAGGGAGGGGCUUGCCCAACACUAGAGUUCCUAUGAAUUUUGCCUAAAGCUUUGGCAAAUGUUCUGUAGGAAUUGAAUAUUUAAAAGAAUUUCUAUGAGAUUUGUAUAAACUGUCUUCAUGAAUGAAUCAUUCACAAGAGCUGUCACUGACUUGCCAUUGAGCUUGAAUACAGCAGAACUGAGCCCAGUUAAUGCAAGUGAGGGUGGGUCAGCUGCUCACCUCUGAAGCCAUGCUUAAAAGCCAUGUUUUAGAAUGACACCUUCCAUUUUCAUAGUUGUUAGUGACUGAGACCCACUAAAGAGCAAAAAAAAAAAAAAAAAAAGUGUGUUCUGGGUUUACUGCCCAACUCUAGGCUGUGUCCUCCCUCUUCAGAUGUGUGGCUAGUAUCUUUUUGGUGCCAGAUUAAAAUUUAUCUUUUAGCCCAGACAUUUUAAGGGUGUAGUGAGUUCAUUGGUUUUAGUUCAGUCUGCCCUUGCUUUAUCUGCUCCUGUUACCCGUUGACGUAUUUUAUGGGUUUAUUUCUUUGUACUGUACUGCUUGUUUCGUUUUUGCUCAUUCUAAAUGUGAGACCCUCCCCCCCACUCCAACAUCUGUAUAGGCGAAGCUGUUUAAAAGUGCUUUUGACAAAUGAAUAAAAUCAGCCAAGUACAGGAAACGGAGGGAGCUUGCCUCCCAUAUCAGUGGUCAGAACAUACAGAGGUAUAUCAAUAGAGCCACGUAAUACAAAAAAUAUUUAAAAUACGGUUGCUGUGCUUAAGCAGGCGAAUCCAUACAGUCUGUCAUUAGCACAAUGCAAUCACACUCCUUCUAGGGCAGGGGUGGGGGAUCUCAGGGCAGGGCAAAUAUGGCCCCUUCAGCCACUCUAUCUGGCCCCUAAGGACUCUUCAGAGGCCACACCCCCUCCCCAGGCCACACUCCUCAUUCACUGUUCUGCCCUAUUGGAAUGUAUCCCUGAACUCAGAUAAUGCUUCCUGCUUACCUGGGUGAAGGAUAAAAAGCUGUGUGUAGAAAGUAGCCUACUGUACAAAGGUCAAACAUACAUUUGCUGCUCCACCAACUUUUCCUAUGGCCCCACCCAAAAAUGGCAUGAAACCCUCAGUAUCAGACUACCUUCUGACCAGAAUAUGAUCUGGGGGCUGUUAGUAGAGAUGAGCCCUGCUGGUGUAUUGCCCAAUUUUCAUGAAUUUGGGAGACAGCAAUGCAUUCUUACUUCUUGUCUGGAAAGCAGGCAGGAGGGGAUAAGCAGAGAGAUGGAAUGAGCAGGAGGGGCUGUCUCUGCUUUGUAAGCAGUGGAGAAUGCCAAGGAAGGGAUAGAGAGUUACAGGAAAGUGGAAGGUUGUUGGGAAAACAAGUAGCUGCAAAAGCACAACAGAAGGAAAAUUCCAGGUGCAAUUCAUUGAUUUUUCAGAAGGAGCAAUAGAUAGUCCUCAACCCUGCCCUGGGAUGAACUGGAGCUCCAUGAUCAAAGAGCAAAGUGUGGCUCUGAGCCCUAUCUUGUGAUGUAAGAUAUGAUCACCCAGAGGUUCUGGUCUAGUGGAGAAAACACCCCCCCCCCGUGACUUUCAGUGAGAAACUCCAAUUCAGAUUAAAUAAUGGGCAAGCAGCACAUACACUGGAUCUCCCAGUCAUCUAUACAUCUGCUCCUACAUCUAAAUCAUAUUGUCCGUUCUCUUCUCCCUUGUAGUAAAAUCUCCACCCCAAAAUCCUUUUUAUUAAAGAGAACUUAUUAGAAGGUAGCAGCUUAGAAAUGUGGGUUUUAUUUGGCUAGUCAUAAACCUGAGCAGUUCCCUGCUCCCCCCCCCCAGGUUGAAAACUGGUUUCUUACAUUAAGUUCCCUUUCAGUUGUUCCUUUCUACCAAGAUAAUGAACCACUAAAAUUCUAGUUCACAUUUGUGUUGUGUGUCCUAGAUUUAGCUGUAUAUAAGCUAGGUUUUGUUGCUGAGAUUUAUGAGUUCAAUUUCGGGUGCUUUUGUACUUUAGUCGUAAGCCAUUAUUUUUUGAACAUGUAUUUUUACCCAAGUCUAGGCGGUUUAAGAUACAAGCUAAAAGUUAUUUAUUGUAGAGUAUGUGGAAAUUAUACAUGUAUAUAUACUUAGAAAUGUAUGUGUACAAGUACAGAACACAUGUGUACACAUAUUUCUAUGUAAAUAAAGAGAGUUUGUUAAAUCUG